GCUACAGAGUGAGCAAGAUGGGUCGCCAGCAACUCUACUGGAGCCAUCCAAGGAAAUUCGGCCAGGAUGCUCGUUCUUGCCACAUCUGUUCAAACCGCCAUGGUCUAAUCCGGACGUACAGCCCCAACAUGUGUCGCCAGUGUUUCCAUCAGUACCCGAAGGACAUAGGUUUCACUAAGUUGGACUAA